GCUCGACUCCGCACCCCACCACGGCCAUGGCCGAGCUGGACGACAUAGAGGACUCCAUGGGCACUGGUGGCGGCGGCCUGUACACCUCGUCGUACGAAGACAACGAGCGCUCGUUUAGGAGCGGCUCAGAAAGUGCGCAUUCGCGCGGACGCGGUGAAGCGUUCCUGAUCACAGGCAUUCAGAGCAGGAGACGGCCGAGCUCGCGGGUGCAGGUGGGUGAGACGGUUGUGCAGCGGAAAGAGUCGGGUUUUCUCGAGUCUGGAGUGGUCCAGCACAGGCGGUGCUGCGGCGGACAGCGGUCGCUGCGGUGGCUGGCGUGCGCGUUGACGCUCGGGCGACCGGGACCUUGGGGCGUGCGGUGCACAUGCUCGAUGGUGACAUACGGCAUGAUAUUUGUACUCCUUGCCAUGCCUGUCCUCGGCACGGUGGCGUACGUCCGCUGGUCGGGUGGGGCGUUUCUGGGCGCCUUUUCCAUCUUUGCCAUUCCGCCGCUCGUGUACAUCCACAUGGUGUGGUACGCGCGGGCUGGCCAUCUGGCGAAGCUCUUCGACGAGGUUGUGCUGUACGGCCCGCGGUACUCGCGCCAGGCCGAGCGGGUGGUCCGCCGGCACUUGGCCGGGAUGGCGGUGGCCGUGCCGGUGGCGGCGGUCAUCAUGAGCGUCAUGUUCUUUGCCUCCAACCCGCUCGAGCGGGUGGCCAAUCGGUCGCCGCUGGCCAUCCUCGGCAUGGCCGCCGUCCCGUUCUUCAUCGUCUCCAUCUGGGUCCUCGCCAUUCCCAUUGUCUUUGCCGGCUCGUUCUCGAUGACGUGGGCGUUGAUGCGCAUCAUCAUCGAGCGGUACGCGUCGACCAUCGAGGGCCACCGGCGGUCGGUCAACGACGCGCUCACCAUGCACAUCACUCUGCUCGAGAAAAUCGACGAGCACAUUGCACACUGGCGCGCAGGCUACACCGCAACGACCGUCCUCUCGGUCUCGGGCAUCUUCCUCAUCUUCUGGUCCAUCACCAACUCGGACUCGUUCAUCUCUUCCGAGAUGAUCCCCUUUGCGCUCUGGCUCCUUGUCCUCGCGUGCGCGCUGCAGUUCUACUUUUUCCACGUCGUCUCGCGCAUGUCGCGCGCUUGUCGCGGCCUCCGCGACGUCCUUCUCAAGUACGAAAUGGCGCUACCGUCCGACUCUGUCGAGCGGCUGCUCGUUGCCAUCCACUCGACCACCCACCGCGCCCGGUUCGUCAUCUUUGGCUUUACUGGCAACAUCGUCGUCGACGCCGUCCUCGGCAUCCUCUUUGCUGGCACCCUCCUGCUUCUCGACUCGCUCGUCGGCUGAGCGAGCGAGCGCACACGGCGCUCACCCGCGGCCCUUACGAGCUGCCCUGUCCCAGAUCCUUGAGCGAAGCUGUUGCCGAGCCGCGCGCCAGCGGCUGCGGCUGCGACGCGUCCGGCCGCCACCCGACCAGAUUGAGGACGUCAAAGGUGGCGCGGACGCCGCCAGCCUCGGCGUCAUAGAACAGCUCGUUGUAAAUCGCCGCCGCCGCCA